AUGGGAAGCGAAAUUGUAUGGCUCAAUGAUACAUCAGCAACGGUAGUAAUUGCUACAUCAGACUCAGACUGGAUCUUGACCAAUCCUGGCUAUCUUGGCAUCUAUCGCACGAAAUAUGAUCCGCAAAAUUUCCGUCUAAUUGUUGCUCAGCUUGAAACAGAUCAUACACGCAUCCCGACCAUUACUCGAGGAGCUCUGAUCGAUGAUACCUUUGCUCUGUCUCGCACAGGCCUUAUCAAUGCAAUUGAUGCAUACAAACUAAUUCAAUAUUUGAAGAGCGAAACCGAAUUGGUCCCGUGGACAGCGGCGCUUUCAGCGAUGAGUCAACAAACAGAUUUACUUGCCAAUCAUGAUAUUCUUCUUAAUGUCGAACGCUACUUUCUCGAACUUGUUCUUCCGAUCUACAACACGAUCGGAUGGGUUCAUAUUGAUCAAUCGACUGAAUGGCUUCGAACUCUACUGCAACCAAAAAUUGUGUCGGCUGCCUGUCGUUACGGUCAUCAAGGAUGCAUUGAAGCAGCACGCAGUGCCUACCGUCGUUGGAAUUUAAAUCCUACUCUGAAUCAAAUUCCGGCUAAUCUCCGUUCGACCGUCUAUUGUACAGUUGUUCACGAAGGUUCACAAACGGAGUUUAACUUUUUAUGGGCUCGUCUUCAGGUAGAAUCAGUCGCCAGUGAAAUAUUCAAUCUGCUUAAAGGUCUCUCCUGCACACAAGAUCCAUCGUUGAUUCUCUGGUUUCUCGAUCAACAUCUGAAGAAUGGAUCAGUUAUUCGUGAUCAAGAUUCAUCGUCGUCCAUUGAAAAUAUCGCUCGCUCACCGCGAGCUAAUCAAAUUGCCUGGAAUUGGAUUCGCGACAAUUGGUCACAACUUUUUGACAGAUGGGGAAAAUCAGAUACCAAUUUAGGUGACAUCAUCGAAGCAGUGUCAAGUCGAUUUGUCACCAUUCGACAGCGCGAUGAAUUCAAAACGUUUGCAGAUUCGAUUAUUGAUAAAGAUAUCGUACCAACAUCACUCGUAUUCGAUCUACUUAGUUAUGCUAGUUUAGAACGUGCUUACAUCGUUUGGGAACGUAUUCUCGCGGGUCUUUCCUACAUUGAACAAAUGAUUGCAUCUAGCAGUUCGGAUCUCACUCUUUACGAACAAUUUCAGUCGUAUAUAAUCGAUCUCAUACUUCCUAUUUACACUCAACUCGGUUGGCAAGAACAAUCAUCGAUGGUCACCAACAAAUGGCUCGAUGCACUUCAUCGAGACUUGAUUGUAUCGACGGCGUGUCACUACAAUUUAGAUGAUUGUGUGCAUCGUGCUCAAUUUCUCUUUGAACAAUGGUUCAAUCAUCCGUCGAAUAACUCGAUCGAGCCCAAUGAUCGCCCUGUUGUCUAUUGUACGAAUGUGCGUAUAGGCGGUCGAGCCGAAUUUCAAUUUCUUCUUCAUCAAUAUCGAACAUCGAAUGAUCCACAAGAAAAGGCAAGAAUACAGUCGGCAUUGGCAUGUACACGUGAUACCGAAUUGAUCCGAUAUUUACUAGAGAUUCAUGGUACUGUCGAAUUUCAAGCGAUAAUCGAACGUAUUCGUGCCAACAUUCAAUGGACUGAAAAGGCAAAACCCAAUUUAGAAGAAUGGUUCAUGAAUCGAACGGUCGAAAUUCGUCUUCCAUUUGAUUGGAUUCCAUCUCAGUAUGCACUCGAUUUUGACGUACGUCUUAGUGCGACUUAUCCAAACAAUGCUGAACCAAAUACACUUUUUAUGGGUCGUACUCGUAUUAUUGUUCGUUGUAAUCGAUCAACAAAUGUAUUUCGAAUUCAUAUGAAACAACUACAAAUGUCGUCUAUAACAUUGAGACGUCUCGAUACAUCGAAAAAUCUAAUCACCGAUUGGACGUGGAUGUCACAAUCGGAGAUACUCAUCUGUCGACUACGAGAACGAUGUGUGACGAACCAAGAAUAUGAGUUCGAAUCAGAACACACAGCCGAACUGAAUAGAGACAUGGCCGGAUUCUAUUUAAGUCGAUACAAUGUAACAAAUACAAGCACGGGCGAUAUCAUUACGCACAAUAUUGCAGCCACUCAUAUGCAGCCGACAAUAGCUCGGAACGUAUUUCCGUGUUUCGAUGAACCAGCAUUCAAAGCCAUGUUUAAUAUCUCGAUCAGUCACGAUCCCAGUUUCACUGUCGUUCGAUCGAAUGGUGCCAUGCUCGACGGAGGUCAACCCAUACAACAAUCCGAUGGUCGUCUGCUAUCGCGUUUCGAACAAACUCCGCCAAUGUCAACGUAUCUUAUUGCAUUUGUCGUUACUGAUUUUGAAUGUGUCUCAAAUGUGACGUCGACGAAUAUUGAAGUCAACAUCUGUGGACGACCUGAAGCAAUACAAAAGGGAGAAGGCAAUUUUGCUCUUCAAGUGAGCACAGAAGUAAUACCCUACUACGAACAAUCCUACAAUAUUUCAUAUCCACUCAGUAAAUGUGAUCACUUUGCCUUACCCGACUUUGCUAUCGGUGGCAUGGAAAAUUGGGGUUUAAUCACAUAUCGUGAGACUGCUCUUCUCUACAAUAACGUAACUGGUAAUCUCGCCGAUAAACGACGAGUGGGCGAAGUGGUGUCGCACGAGUUGGCUCAUCAAUGGUUCGGUGAUAUUGUCACUCCUCAAUGGUGGAAUGACCUUUGGUAAAUGAAAGAUUUACUCAUCUAGUAUUGCAUUUUCUCUCUGACUAUUUCCACGAAGGCUGAACGAAGGUUUUGCUUCAUGGGUCGAAAUACUCGGUCUUAAUCAUUCGAAUCCUGAAUUUCAUUCUUUCGAUCUAUUUGUCACUGGUGAGCAAGAAUUUGAUGAAUCUUUUAAAAGCAAAGAAUAUCAAUUGACCCUUAUCUUAUUUCUUCUAGUCGUCGUGCAUCGAGCUCUGGUCAUGGAUAGUCUUUAUUCGAGUCAUCCAAUCAGUGUCGAAGUCACUCAUCCAGAUGAGAUCAAUUCAAUAUUCGAUGCCAUUUCGUGUAAACCCCGCUCACCAAUCUCUAUAUUUUGUUUUAUAUUGAAAGCGUUGUCUUCUAUGUUCUUCAGAUGAUAAAGGUGCGUCUGUUCUUCGCAUGAUCUACACUGUUCUUAAUGAAUCGAUCUUCUUUCGCGGCAUCAGCAACUAUUUGAACCAUUUUCAAUAUAGUAACGCUGUGCAAGAUCAACUAUGGGCCUUUCUAACCGAUGCUGCCAGCUCAUCAGUGCUCGCCGGUCACACCAUCAAAACUAUCAUGGACACUUGGACUCUUCAAGAAGGAUACCCUCUACUCAUUGUCACUCGUAACAACACCGACAAUUCUAUUUCACUCUCGCAAAAACGGUAUCUACUCGAUCCUCAAGCAUCGAAUCAAACAUCAGCCUAUGUGAAUCCAUUCACAUCCUUUCCAUUUCAAUGGUACAUUCCCUUUAAUUAUAUGACUUCGACGAAAUGUUCGUCAUUUGAUUGGCUCGCUCCAAAUCAGACUCGUGUUCUUUCCAAUGUUUCGCUAGCUGCCGACUGGAUUGUCUUCAAUGUCGACGAAUUUGGAUUCUAUCGUGUCAAUUAUGAUGAAUUCAAUUGGCAGUUGCUCACUAAUAAACUUAAAACUGAUCCCACUUCCUUCUCAAGCGUCACACGUGCACAGCUCAUCGACGAUUCAUUCAAUUUAGCGCGAUCUGGCGAUUUGAAUGUCACUGUUGCAUUACAACUUUCGACCUAUUUAGUCAAUGAAACUGAUUACGUGCCUUAUUCCGUAUUUUCAACCAAUAUUCAAUAUCCACUGAUAAUGUUCAGUCAAGAUGAGGGAAGCACCGUAUAUCAAAAUAUGCAAAAUUUCAUACAAACACUUGAAGAAAACAAAUAUGAUGCAUCCGGCUGGUCAAUAGAUAUGGAUCCGAAACCAUUGGACUAUCUCACGAGUCAACUCCGUGCUCUCAUCAUCAGAGAUCUGUGUGCCAAUGGAUAUGAUACGUGUGUCAACGAUGCUGUUGAACAAUAUCGUCAAUGGCGUACAAAUCCAGAUACUCACCCAAUUGCUCCUGACUCUCGAACUAUUGCCUAUUGUCAAGGAAUCAAAAGUGGAACAACUGACGAUUAUGAACACAUGCGAGAACUAUAUAAACGAACCAACGAUCAAGUCGAAAAGAAUCGUUUUGGCUAUGCCCUAACAUGUACACAGAAUGUCAUUCUUCUCGAACAAUUGCUCAAUACUACGUUGACCAAUGAAUACAUUCGCCUUCAAGAUGCAUCUAGAUUUAUCAACAAUAUUCGUCUACAGCCUGGUGGGCAGAAGCUCACCUGGCGUUUCAUUAGCCAACAAUGGCCAGAGCUCGUUGCAAAAUUUGGCAGUGUAAGUUUCACUCUAUCAAACAUUGUCGAAAGUGUCCUUGAAUAUGUGAAUACGCAACAAGAAUUGGACACUAUCCAACAAUUCAUGGCCAACACAGCCGAUCUGUCGAUUGCCGAGCGAGCUUUUCUUUCGUCAAUUGAAAAGAUUAGAGCUAACAUUCGAUGGAUGGACACCAUAGGACGUGACAUCGGAAUGUGGCUCGAUGGUCACGUCAGGACGGAUACGAAGAAUUCAAAAUCAGUGAGAAAGACGUGAUUACAUUCAUGGACUUGUCAAAAGAGUACAAUUCAAUUAACAGAAUAAAACAGAAACUUUUACUCUUAUCCAAAGGUUGUGUGGAUUUGGGCAUUCUCAUGAAUAUUGCACGGCUUUAAGCGUUUAAGUUUUUUUUCCUGGAAAGGACACUUCAGGAUACAGGGUAUCACACAGUCCUUUUUUCUAAAACGAGCUUUUUUAUUAUCAUAUAAGAAAACAUCUGUAUAGAACACCACCGAUUUUUCAGGGGUUUUUGAAUCCAUUUUACUUGUGAAUCCUUCUUUUCCUUUAAACAAUAAGAAAUUUAAAAGAAGAAUUCUGUGCUGCCAUGCAUCCUGACAUGCUCUCUCUCAUAACGAAAAAAAUAAAGGUGUAACAUGAAUCUGAAUCCAGAUUCUUCUAUCUAUUCUAGAGGCUUGAAUCGUCGGGAUGCCACUCAUGGCUAGUCGCUGAUGCCCAAUAGCCAGCUUUCCCAAAAUAUCAUCUACUUCUAUAUACAAUCUAAGCAAUUCAACUUUAGCUCCAUUUAAUAAAUCUUUGAAUUUCUAACAUAAGAAUACUCGAUGAAAAAUUUCAAACAAAGGAAUAGUGUGAAGUGCUCCCAAUGUUUAGAAUUUUGCAAUCUUUCUAGAAAACCUGCCUUAUAUUACAACACUUCCUCAACAGAAUCAGAGUGAGUGUUCUCA